AUGCAGUCAAUCUGCCCUCCCCGGAAAGUAUCUCCCCUGUACGAGACUCUCGAUUCACACAAAAUGGCCAACCGGGACUCUGCCAUCGAUGAGAUUGAGAUCAUCGAAGAUCACAAUGAACAUCACCAGGAUUCAGUUCACCGCCGGUUGCGCGCCAACUCCACGAUCAUGCACUUCCAAAAGAUUCUAGUGGCCAACCGUGGUGAAAUUCCCAUUCGUAUCUUCCGUACCGCACACGAAUUGUCCCUCCAGACAGUUGCCGUCUACUCCCAUGAGGAUCGUCUCGGUAUGCAUCGUCAGAAGGCUGACGAGGCCUACAUGAUUGGAAAGCGGGGUCAAUUCACCCCCGUCGGUGCUUACUUGGCCGGUGAUGAGAUCAUUAAGAUUGCCGUGGAGCACGGCGUACACUUGAUCCACCCCGGUUACGGUUUCUUGUCCGAGAACGCGACCUUCGCUCGCAACGUUGAAAAGGCCGGUAUCGUCUUCGUCGGCCCCAAGCCGGAGACUAUCGAUGCCCUGGGUGAUAAGGUCUCCGCUCGCCGAGUGGCCAUUGCCUGCAAUGUCCCCGUCGUGCCCGGUACCCCCGGUCCCGUCGAGACCUUCGAGGAGGCCAAGGCCUUCACCGAUACCAACGGCUUCCCCGUCAUCAUCAAGGCCGCCUUCGGUGGUGGUGGCCGUGGUAUGCGUGUGGUCUGGAAGGACGAAGAUCUGAAGGAGUCCUUCGACCGUGCUUCCUCCGAGGCUCUCUCGGCCUUUGGUAACGGUACUGUCUUCGUCGAGAGCUUCCUCCACAAGCCCAAGCACAUCGAGGUUCAGCUUCUGGGUGACAACCACGGCAACGUCGUGCACUUGUUUGAGCGUGACUGCUCCGUGCAACGUCGUCACCAAAAGGUCGUGGAGAUCGCUCCCGCCAAGGACCUCCCCGUUGAGGUCCGCGACAAGAUGCUGGCAGAUGCCGUGCGACUGGCCAAGUCUGUUGGCUACCGCAACGCCGGUACGGCUGAGUUCUUGUACGACCCGAUUCGCAACGAAGCAUACUUCAUUGAAGUGAACCCCCGUAUUCAGGUCGAGCACACCAUCACCGAGGAGAUCACUGGAAUCGAUAUCGUCGCCGCUCAGAUCCAGAUUGCCGCGGGUGCCACCCUCGAGCAGUUGGGUCUCACCCAGGACCGCAUCUCCACUCGUGGUUUCGCCAUUCAGUGCCGUAUCACCACUGAGGAUCCCUCCCAGGGAUUCUCCCCCGACACUGGUAAGAUCGAGGUCUACCGCUCUGCCGGUGGUAAUGGAGUCCGUCUUGACGGUGGUAACGGUUUCGCCGGUGCCAUCAUCACUCCCCACUACGACUCUAUGCUGGUCAAGUGCACUUGCCGUGGCUCAACCUAUGAGAUUUCCCGCCGUAAGAUGCUGCGUGCUCUGGUUGAGUUCCGUAUCCGUGGUGUGAAGACCAACAUUCCUUUCCUCGCUUCGCUGCUGAGCCACCCCACCUUCAUCGACGGCACUUGCUGGACCACUUUCAUUGAUGAUACCCCCGCGCUGUUCUCGCUGGUCAGCAGUCAGAACCGUGCUCAGAAGCUGCUUACCUACCUUGGUGACGUUGCUGUCAACGGCAGCAGCAUCAAGGGCCAGAUUGGUGAGCCCAAGUUCAAGGGCGAGAUCAUCAAGCCUGUCCUCAAGGAUAGUGCCGGUAAGCCCAUUGACGUUUCUUCCCCUGCCACCAAGGGAUGGAAGCAGAUCUUGGACAGCCAAGGCCCCGAGGCCUGGGCUAAGGCUGUGCGUGCCAACAAGGGUUGCUUGAUCAUGGACACCACCUGGCGUGAUGCCCACCAGUCGCUGCUGGCCACCCGUGUGCGAACCAUCGACAUGUUGAACAUUGCCGCCGAAACCAGCCACGCUCUGAGCAACGCAUACUCGCUCGAGUGCUGGGGUGGAGCUACCUUCGAUGUCGCCAUGCGUUUCCUCUACGAGGACCCCUGGGACCGACUCCGCAAGAUGCGCAAGGCUGUUCCCAACAUUCCCUUCCAGAUGCUGCUGCGUGGUGCCAACGGUGUUGCGUACUCCUCUCUCCCCGACAACGCCAUCUACCACUUCUGUCGGCAGGCCAAGAAGUACGGUGUUGACAUCUUCCGUGUCUUCGAUGCUCUCAACGAUCUUGACCAGCUUGAGGUUGGUAUCAAGGCUGUGCACGAGGCCGGUGGUGUCGUCGAGGCCACCAUGUGCUACAGUGGUGACAUGUUGAAUCCCAAGAAGAAGUACAGCUUGGAGUACUACAUGGGUCUGGUUGACAAGAUUGUCGCCAUGCGCCCCCACGUUCUCGGAAUCAAGGAUAUGGCUGGUGUCCUCAAGCCCCAGGCUGCCCGUCUCCUGGUUGGUGGUAUCCGUGAGCGCUAUCCCGACCUCCCCAUCCACGUCCACACCCACGACUCGGCUGGAACCGGUGUCGCCUCUAUGAUUGCCUGCGCCGAGGCCGGUGCUGAUGCGGUUGACGCCGCUACCGACAGUCUGUCCGGUAUGACCUCGCAGCCCAGCAUUGGUGCUCUUCUGGCUUCCCUCCAGGGCACCCAAUACGACCCUGGCUUGGACCUUUCCCAGGUCCGCGCUCUUGACGCCUACUGGGCUCAGCUCCGUCUGCUCUACUCUCCCUUCGAGGCUGGUCUGACCGGUCCCGAUCCCGAGGUCUACGAGCACGAGAUCCCCGGUGGUCAACUGACCAACCUGAUCUUCCAGGCCAGCCAGUUGGGUCUUGGACAGCAGUGGGCUGAGACCAAGAAGGCCUACGAGAUCGCCAACGAAUUGCUUGGCGACAUUGUCAAGGUCACUCCCUCCUCCAAGGUCUGCGGUGACUUCGCUUCUUGGAUUGUCAGCAACAAGCUGUCUGCUCAGGAUGUGAUCGACCGCGCCGAUCAGCUCGACUUCCCCGGCUCCGUCCUCGAGUUCUUCGAGGGUCUCAUGGGCCAACCGUACGGCGGCUUCCCCGAGCCCCUGCGCACCAAGGCUCUCCGUGGUCGCCGCAAGCUCGACAAGCGCCCCGGUCUGUACCUGGAGGACAUGGAUCUCGCCAAGAUCAAGAACGACAUCCGCGAGAAGUUCGGUGCCGCCACCGAAUGCGACGUGGCCAGUUACGCCAUGUACCCCAAGGUGUUCGAGGACUACCGCAAGUUUGUCCAGAAGUUCGGUGAUCUCUCCGUUCUGCCUACCCGGUACUUCCUUGCCCGUCCCGAGAUUGGCGAGGAGUUCCACGUCGAGCUGGAGCAGGGUAAGGUUCUUAUCCUGAAGUUGCUCGCCAUCGGUCCCCUCUCCGAGCAGACCGGUCAGCGCGAGGUCUUCUACGAGGUCAACGGUGAAGUCCGUCAAGUCAGUGUCGACGACAACAAGGCCUCCGUCGAGAACGUUGCCCGCCCCAAGGCCGACGCCGCAGACAGCAGCCAGGUCGGCGCUCCCAUGAGCGGUGUCGUGGUCGAGAUCCGUAUCCACGAUGGCCACGAGGUCAAGAAGGGUGACCCCAUUGCGGUGCUGAGCGCCAUGAAGAUGGAGAUGGUGAUUUCCGCCCCCCACAGCGGUGUGGUGUCUGGCCUCCAGGUUCGGGAGGGUGACUCGGUCGACGGCCAGGAUCUGAUCUGCAAGAUCAGCAAGGCGUAA